AUGAACAUUGCUGAUUUUGCUGAUGCUCAGAAGAGCCAUAAUGUGAUAUUUCCCAAAUUUGAUGGUUUAGAUGACGAUAUAGAUGAAGAUACGCCGUUUGUAAAAUUAUUAGAUGGUAAAGAGACUUCAGACGCCAUGAUGAAAAGAUGGAAUUUGUAUCAUCAAUUGCACUCUCAUUUCCAUACGCAGGUUGACAAUAUUGUAUCUAAUAUUGAGCAUGAUUUGAAGAGUGAGAUCUCAAGCAUUCUAUUUAAUGAUGAUGAGCCAAGACAACAAUUUUUCAAAUCUUUAUUCUUGAUGGGGUCUGAUAGCAGUAUUAAAAUUGAAUUCCCAGAACAAACAGCUGACACACUCAAUACCCUGAUUGAUCUGAGCCCAAAAGAAUCUCCGAAUGUUAGGAUGAUGCUGAGGAGAUCCAUGUUUAAACUAGUCUCGAUUGCAGAAAAUGCAUCUAACCAACUUUCAACCAUUAAAAAGGAAGAAGAGGAUCAUGAUGAUGAUUGUGCCGAGGAUGUGGAAGAACAAGAAGAUGGAAAUGGUGAUGUUUCCUACGAUUUGACUCUGGUAGAAAAUUUCAAGAAGCUUUUUGGUAAAAAUUUGAAUAUGGUAUUCAUGUUCAAGGAUGUUGAUUCAUUUAGUUUCAACAUUUUAGAUGAUUUCUUGAUCUUACUAAAAAAUGCGUUAAAAAAUGAGCAUGUUAAAAUCAGUUUAGUGUUCAAUGUCAACACAAAUUUGAGUAACUUUGAAAAAAACAUGAAGCAAUCAACAAUAAGAUUAUUGAAGAGAAAUUAUCACAUAUUAGAUGUAUCCAGCAAUAAAGGCUACAAAUAUGGUAAUAGAAUUUUUCAAAGUUUCUUAGACACGGUUGAUGGUAAAUUGAACUUGUCUUCAAGAUUUGUUAAAUUCAUUAUCGAUAAGAUGUCCAACAAUACCAAUCAUAAUUUACAAUUAUUAACAAAGAUACUUGAUUUUUCUUUAAUGUCAUAUUUUUAUCAAAAUCCAUUUUCGAUUUUCAUUGAUCCUGUUAAUAUUGAAUUUUUAAAUGAUUACUAUUUUGAAUUAUUAGCUAAAUGUCCAACAUUUAUGUUUUUCAUUGACGGUUUGAUCAAAGAAAAUGUCACAUCCUCUGAAAUUUCAAGCCUUCUAAAUAAUACUAAUGGCAAAUUAGAAGAGUUUUUCGUGGAAUUUCUUGUAAGGGAUAAUCCUGUAAUUGGGCAUGCAAAAUUUGUUUCACAAUUUUUGGAAGAUACUUUGAAUAUAAAAAAUUACAACUUAAUUGAAUUGUACUACAAUUUGUUGACGGGUAAUUUGAAUGAAUAUCUAAGCAUGUGGCCUUCGUGUAACGAAUAUUUGAAGGAUCUCUCUUUUGAACCAAUAGACACAAUUUUCCAAGAACUCUUCACCCUGGAUAAUAGCAACGGUUUAUUAACAACUUCAUUGUUACCUUACUAUAAAACUAACAUGGAGGAGACUUUAUUAAAUUGGGAAAAAAUUUUACCACAUGUUGGAACAGAUUUAAUGAAUGAGAGAGUUUGUGGACCAAUUGUUAGUGAAGUAUUCAAGUUAUAUCGAGAAGCAAAUUCGAUGAUUAAUAUCUACGAUUUUUAUAUUGCAUUCAGAGAAAUUCUGCCGAGAAAUGAUGUAAUUCAAUUUUUGAAGGAUGCUAAACAAUUUGGUGAAGAAGAGACAGAAAUUCUAGACUUCGUUUCCAACAAUGAUGAUGACGCAAUAUUCGAUAAAAUUUCUCUGAUUUUGUUUAUGCAGGCAAUAUACGAUUUCGAGCAUAUGGGAUUUAUCAAGACUACUAGUACCAAAAGUUAUGAUAUUCUUGAAAAAUGUAUAUGGAAAGGUAUAUAG